AUGCAAGCAGCCAAGUUGAAGGAAAAGAAGGCCCUCGUGGAUCAGUUUGUCAAUUAUGCGAUUGGCAAAUUCGAAGAAGGAGACUACGAAAACGCAAAGAGGGUCUUGCUCAACCUUGAGCACGAAACGAAUCCGACUCCCAAGCUAAGAUAUAUUCGCGGUAAAUUUGCUCUGCAUGAUGGACGGUUUCAAGAUGCAGUUCGGUGCUUCAACGAGGCUCUUUCAGACACAGACGAUACUCUCAAUAGAAAUAUCAUCAAGAAAGUGUUUCAAAUGAAGCCAAACCAGGCUUUGGGCGAACUGAUGGUCAAAAUCGUGGCGCAGCGUGGAAAAAACUUGGCUCAGAUUGGGGAAAUCUUCAGAAAGGAGUUUAUGAUAAAAACGAUCAUCUACUUGAAAUCUGCUGGACGAAAGAAAGAAGCUGUAGAAUUUUUAAUGGACACUAAGCAUGGACCCUCCGUUAUCACCGACGAUUUCACGACAAGACUCGCUGCUGAGGUAACGGUCACUGCUGACGAAAAAAUUGUGGAACUUCUGAAAGAAAAAUCAAAAUUUCUCGUCGGCGUUUAUCGUCUUGCCACAUUCAAGCGCGAUCCAAGACGUUUCGAAGCCUAUCUCAAGAAAGAGCUUUCUCGACCGCGCGGUGAAAACUGUCCUCAACUCAUCCUCGAGAUAAUCCACCACUUUAUUUCGUCCGGUCAACUAGCUCAAGCAGAGAGCGCUCUGAAACAAAUUGAGAAGGAAAUCAUGCCAACGGAGACUGAACUCUACAACGAAAUGAUUUGCCUUCAAGUUUGUGCCAGAGCAGCUGCGAUCAAGAAGAAAUACGCCCAGCAAUACACGAAAAAGUCGGUGGAUGAGAGAAUCAAGAACAUAAUCCGAAUCACGAGCGUCCUUGAAGUUGCGACCACGAAGCGAUUAAUUCGAAUCGCUGCCUCCAUGCUUUGGAACCAGCUUCUUCCCCUCUUGGAGCCACAGUUGAAAUUGAACGAGCUCGACAAAUACGUCAUUGGCGCACUUAACAUGAUUGUCAGUCACGAUCCGAUGAAUGAAAAUGCAUACAAGUGUUGCCGCGAACUGAGUCGACUUGCGCUUAGCAAAGAAAAUCUUACUGCAGCUUCAAGGCAUCUGAUCCACGCCGUCAGCCUUUGCAACGAUGAAGUCAUGAAACAGAAGAUGCAUCAAGAAGCGCGAAUGAUAUCUGCUGCUGUGAAUCCUUACAAUCGUCCUGAAAAUCAGCUCGAACAGGCAGGCAAGCUCGUCCAAGAAGCAAGUAUCGCACCGGUGAACAAAAUCAACCCUAUCUUGGUGCAGACAGGGCGUCUGUUGUCCUCGCAAUUUAUGGAACGUUACAAUGGCCAGAAAAAGCUUCAGCCAUUUGUUGUCGACGAAGAAGUUGACUACUUUGCUGCCCUGGAACUUAUUCCUACAACUGUAAAAUACGAUGAUGAGCUAACUGUCGCUGAAAUCUGGUUCAAAGCGAUGAAGAUUGCCAGAAAAUACAAUCGCUGGCAUAUGCUCCGCACUAUGGGCCGUCAGAUCGCCUUUUUCCGCGAGGGGCUACGCCGCGCUGACGAAGCUGACUUGGAGGACGUAGAACUGCAGUCUACGCGCUCUGGAAUUCUCAGCCAGGCAGGAAGCAUCCGCCCAUCGGCGGGUGUGGCAGGGAAGAAAACUUCCCUGAAGCCGGAAACAUCUAAGAUGUUGAACCGGCAGGCACUUUCUUCGGCAAAGAUUAGCGUCACUGCCGAAGAGACAGAAGCACCGUACAGCGAGUCGGAACUUGCCAUUGGCAGAAUUUGCUGUGAAUCGAUGCUUCUGGAAGCUGAAGCUUGGGUCCAACUCCUGCGAUCAGAAGGAUCAGACAUCUUCGCACCGAAUCCAGCUCACGAAGAUCCGGAAAUCCAGGAGAUACAGCUGAACAUCUCAGACUUCAUCUGCUCUCUAAUGACGGACUGCUUGGAUUUGGCAUCAGAGCUCAACUACACUUACAUGGUGCAUAACGCUGCCGUCUACCUCUGGAACUACGCGCAGAAACUUCGAGUCACCGGCCAGUUGAAACACAUUCAGAAAAUGCUGAUGCCCAUUUAUACGAUCUUUUUGAAACAACCGUCAUUGGAGCCGAAUCUCUUGGUCAGAACAGCGACAGUCCUUUCGUUGAGCCAACCGCCUUCUUCAGUUAAUGCGCCACCUCUGAGCACAAACAACUCGCUCGGCGAAGUCAGUAAUGAUAGUCGCGCUUCGAAAGCAUCGAAAUCAAGAAAAACAAAAGUGGAGAAACAAGCAUCUGACUCUCCACUCGCAAUUCGUCUGGCUCAGUUGCAAGAAUGCUUGCAAAUUAGCGAGAAAGCGAUCGAAGCGACACGGCAAUUCACGCUUGACGCGAAAUCACUGCUAGAACUGGCGCGAAAUUGGCUCAAGUUGCGGUUGGAAAUUUCUGAAAUCAACAAGGAGCAGAUAAACUCGUCGACGCUCAAGAUUGGUUCGCUGCCCAGCUUGAAGCAAGAAAACCUGCUGGUUUAUGUCUGGCUCAACUUGGAUCUUCAUUACAAUUCGCAGAGCUCUGCUGCGAUAAGUCUUGCUGAUCUAGCCGAGCUGAUCGACAAAACAAGAAAUGAAGAACUUCAAUUAACUGGACAUGUUCCCUUCAUCAUAAUGGCUUAUCGCUUCCUCGCGACGAUGUGUUUGAGUGGUGCACAAGAACUUAUUCCAUUGGCAAGACAAUCCUGCGAAGCGAGCCUGGACUUAUUUUCGAAGCUGACCGGCAGUGAUCGAGAAACAUGCAGCAGAGAAGUUGCAUUCUGCCAUCUACUGCUUGGACAAGUAAUCGAAAAUGAAGAAGGCGAUCUAGAGCAGAUUCAGCGCGAAUUCGUCCUCGCCGCUGAACUAUCGGAAGAUUUAGCCUUGGCGGCAGCGAAUUUGUGGUGGAAUGCAAGUCGGCGUUUGGCAAAUGAGAUCAAGGGCCGUGCGAUGCUAGCGAAACAAGCGAAACAGCUCAUCGCAGCGAUUUCAAAACGACCAAGAGAUAAAGGCAACGCAGAAGUUAGAGCUCGGCUGUACUGGAUCGUCGUCAAGAGCUACAUGGAUAUUGAAAACUACAGCGCCGCUCUGAGAGAACUAGACACGGUUCUGCAGUCAAUGCCGAAGAUUCAACAGCGACAAGUGCUUCAUCUUACAAGACUCGAGUGCAAGGCUCAACUUGAUAUGGACCCAACGCAUGAUAUCAACAGAAUCGGAGGUGACGAAGACGAGUUCAUUUCCGCCAACUGGCGGCACUACUCUCAGUCGCAGAUCAAGCUCAGCAAAGAAAUUCAAGCACUUUCCAGUCUGAAUAACGCAAUUAAACAUGCCCGCACGAUGCGUGUGGAAUCGCACAUUGCCGAGUUGCUACUCGAGCGAGCGACGAUUGAAGAGCGAAACGAGAGAUACGUCGAAUCAUUCAAGACCUUGACACAGGCCAAGGGCAGCGCUGAAAUCAACAUUCGGGCACUUGCCGCGAUGUGCAAGCUGAGCCAGUUCAAAACUGUCAAUUCGGAAAUGGAGAAGCAAAAUUUAAGCCAAAGGAAGAUCCUCGACCUUGUCAAAGAUUCCAUUCAAGAGUUGCUUACGGACGUACAACGCGAAAUCGUCAUACCAGAACCUGCACCGUCAUUAACGCAGAAUAAAAAGAAAGGCAAGAAAGAUGAUGCGACACCGCCUCCGAAAAGUCCUCAGUUUGAACUCAUUAAGCAGGUGGAGCUCGAGGAGAUUUCAAAUGUUCGAACAUUCUGCACUGCGCUUUACUUUUUGUACACGAAAAACGUGGAAAAUGGAAUGCUCAGCGAUGCUGAAGACUGCGCAGUUUUGCUUGGAACUCUCGCAGAAAUGAAGAACGAGUACACUUGGACGACCAUCAGCGUGCUCAUGUCGCUCUCGCUCGGGGUUCAAGGCAACCAAGAGCGCAAGAUCGAGCUGGAAAAACGUCUUAUCGAGCGCGUGCCCAUCCCAGUUAACGAAACUGUAGAAGAGAACAUCCCUCUUGACUCGUGGCUUAUCUCAGCUGAACUUAUGCUCAAAUGUGGCUUCAUGGAUUCUGCGCUCAACAUUUGCGACAGCGGCUUGUGCAUCUGUGCCAGUAGGGCGAGAAACGAUGGCUUCGAAUCGCGAUUUUACCAAUUACGUGGGGCGAUCAUGCUCAAGCUUUACGAAAACAAGCACAGAAUAUCAGACGCACUUUACUGUCUCGAAAAAGCGCUGAAAACAUCCUCAAAGGUUCCGAUCGCAUUUUGGCCGAAACAAUGUGAGCUUAUGGUCGCCGCGAUUAUGGGUUCCGGUCAAACUCGUCCCGAACAGAAAGCAGAAAGUCUAUUCGAGCAGUUCCGCAUGAAGCUACGAGAGCAGCAAAGCCAAGGGUAUCUGAUCGACACUCAUCUUGCCGAAAUUGCAUUUCACGAGGCGAUGUUCUUGUCUGCAGUUCCGAGCUCAUGCAAUUCACGAAUUCGCGAAAUCAUCGACUUGCUCAAAUAUGUUGAAACAAUUUGGACCGGCGAAAAAUAUGGCACCGUCGUUCUUGAGCAUGGAAAUAUCUUCAUAAAGCGCGUCAACGUUCUUUACAUGGUUUCACACCUAUCAAAAGCGAUCAAAAUCUUGGAAACUGCUGAUUCUCGCAACGCCGUCGUCGCUAAUUUACAACUCACGCUUGCUCUUUUACUUGCCAAUGUGGCCAGCUCAGCUUACAGAGAUAAGAUGCAAGAAGCCGCGAAUUUCGAAGGACUAUCCGAUGUCGAAAAGAGAAUCGAAGAAUACGUCAAAGAGUACAAAAAUUUGGAAGGCUUUGCGCUUGAGUGGAAACAACUGGAACUCGCAAGUUCUCAGGCAGCACUAAACAUUCUUUUCUCAUUAUGCUCAAACGAAGAUGUCAGCAAAAAGUUGCGAGCUCGUGCGUCCCUCUACAUGGCGAAUCUUCCAAGUGACAUUGGCAACGUUGAGUUCAAUCCUUGGUCCGACGAUUUCUGGAUUACGAAUGACAUGUUCGCUAACACGAGAAAGAACUCAGUCUGGAAUCCUUACGAGAUAAACCUGAAGGCAGCUGCUUACGAAGUUGACGACGACGAAGACGGUGAUUUCUCAAUGAUGCGCCCGUCGAUCAUGAACUCGCGUUCCGUAUUUUCUACUUUGAAUGUGAGCCGAACUAAUCUCGGAAAAGCGCAAGAAAGACCUCGCCCUGUGAUGGACGCGCCGAUUGAAGAAGAGUCUGAAACGAACUUGUCAGAAGCGAAUUCCGAAGAUUACGAUGAUGUGCCACGCGCAAUGUCUGAUCCAGUCAAAAUCGAAAGCUUUUGGAAAAAGACCAAGCUCAGCCACAUUUGGCAAGUGGAAACCGCUCAAUAUAUCAUGAAUGCAAGUGCAUUGUGCCCAGAAGAUGUCGAAGUGCAAAUAGAAGCCGGCCAGUCGAUGUUGAAUUCGAUUGGAUCCACCGACGAACAGUUCGCAUUUACUGUCCUCGCUCAACUCCAAGGCGCCCAGACUUCGAAAUUCUGCCAGCGACUGCUUUCUCAAGCUUGCAAUGCUCCUAAUGCUUCUCGUCUUGCGUAUUGCAUUCGACUGCUCUUUUCUCAAAUCUAUGGCGACAGCGACAUGAAUGGAACACUCUGGUCAUCGAUCGACAACUUCCAGUCGUGGAGAAACUCGAAAUUAUUCCAAAUUUCUCCGAUUGAAAAGAUGCCUUAUUCAUGUCUGAUUCUCCAACAUGCCGAUGGAUUUAUCUAUGCUGGUCUCUUCAACGCAAACACUAAAGAUGUUCGAGUCGUUCGAGCAAGGGCGAACUUGGCCGAUCUGAAGAGCCUCCAAGACGAAGUUCAAGAUAUUCGACAGAAUCUUCUCUCCGAUUUUUUGAAGAAAGAAUACAACCAAAAGCCAGAAGAGGAAAAUUCAUCAGACAAACCUGCCGACGCAUCCGCUCCCGCAGAAGAGAAAAAGGCCGAAGAUGAAAAGAAAGACGAUGACGAGGAUGACGAAGAUGAAGAUGAAGAAGUAGAGGUCACCAAUGCACGAGAUAAGCUCAUCAAGUACCUGAAAAACAUCACGGCUCAACUUGAAGGCGACAUGUCCGAGAUUCCACGAGAUCAGCCAUUCAUUCUCAUUGCCGACUUCCAUCUUCUGGACACACCGCUGGAGUUGAUUCCCGAGCUUGCUGAUCGCCCAAUUUCGCGAGACUUCUCUCUUCAAAUCUUCCUCAAUAGACUGGCUCUUCGAGAAGAAAAAGACCAGAAGUCAAAAGCUGCCCCAAAUUCGAACAUGACUUCGCUUGGAAACACGGUUUGUCUUGCAACGCCUGGAAGAUGCGCCGACUCAGUUACGAAAAUGCGACAGAACUGGAAAGAAAAGUCAGGCCUCUCGAUUGGCGAGAUUGAGUCGUUCAUGGCAGCGUCGAAUGGACUCGUUUACUGUGGACGCGAAAGAUUUUUCUCUUCGAUCCCGCCCUCGCGAAUCGCUGCACUCGAUUUGAGCAAUCUCAACACCGUUUUCCUCGUUGAUCGCAGUCCAGAGCCCUCUUCAUUCAUUCAACAGAACAAGUUGGAUCUUGAGCGAGAUCCUGUCGUUAUUCAAGCAGAGAGCUACCUCAACUCCGUUGCCCUGCUUUCGCUUUCUGGAGUCUCUUCUGUCAUCCUCAACCAGUGGAGUUCCGACCAGGAGUCCAACGAAUGGAGACUGAAGGAAAUCGUCAAUGGAAUGAGCUCAGGCACCUCUGCUGUCGAUUGCAUUCUCCACAUUCGAAAUCCAUCUCUGAAGCCGGUCAAAGAAGUCAAGAAGCCGGCAAAGAAGGGCAAGAACAUGCCAAGUCCAGAACCAGAAGGCCCAGCAUUUGAACCGAAUGAGUGUCAAGCUUUCAACACUGUUAUUUACGGAAUUCCUGCUGUUUAUUUUUCAAGCUGA